GAGCCAUGCAGCAACAGCGAUGUACUGCCACCCCCCAGGCCACGAUUGCCGCGCAGCGGUCGCCGAGGUUGUAAGAAGCGCGCGUUCUGGUUCGUCUAUCUUCGACGAGCUCGCGAACGACAGCCUAGUUCAACUCUGUUUUGAAGAGUGGCUCCGCGCCAGGUCAACGGCGAACGAGCCUCUGGGCAUCUCCCUUCGAAGGGACCCUGUCACAGACGGUCCCUUCUGCAGCUCAUUGAUCCACCAUGCUGCUUCUCAGCAGAGGCAAGGCGACGCCGCUCUCGAUGUGUAUGGCCCCAUUGGCCCAGAAAACACUGCACCAUUACCAGUACGAGCGGAGGUGCCUGUUCAGAGCCACAAUGGCCCUGGGAUGCUGCUAGGAGAACCCAGCGCUUCUGAACCACCUGUGGCAUCGCCAUCGGCCGUGGUAGAUCAUGACACAGGCUCAGAUGCACAAACGCAGGCAAAUAAACGCAAACGGAAGCGAAAACCUAAAAACGGCCCGAAGCCACCUGCAUCUGAUUUAAGCAGCCAAAAUCAGGCGAGAGAUGAGCCGAGAACACCAAAGGGAGCGCCAGAAGUAUCGACUUCGCCAGCUGGAGUCUCUUCUGCCUCAGAAGCUGCAGUCGCUGUCAUACCCGAAGCUGUAGAGCUAAUCGAGAAAUCCGCAAAGGAUCCCUCUGAAUUCUACCAACGUUGUAACGUGUUAUCAAUCGCAACACCGGAAGAUCCACAUCCUAACCGCGCGAGGGAACUGUUUUGUUUCGUGUCUCAAUAUGAAGCUGAUCAUAAAACCGACUGGCUUCGAGCUCUGGUCGCGUACUUGCUUCUUCACAAGCUUGGUCAGAAAAUCUCUGGUUGCCGCUGGGUGCACCUCACCGAGCUCGUGCUCUUGGGCCGGGAAUAUGACCCCAAGGCUUAUACGGCAAUCAAGAAUGCAGGCGCAAAAGGUUUUGUGAUAAACAAGCUUCUGACGGACCUCGCCGAUGAGGAGAACAAUGGACAAGAACCCAGCGACGGGUACGGUCCACUAGCUGUGUUAGCAAAGAAAGACGACACGUUCUUUCUCAAAAUGUACAAGAGAUCGACACUCUACGAACGGUAUCUUCGGCAACUUAAAGAGGAAAAUGUCAUGGAGGCUGCUGCACCCUUUCGCGAGCCAAUGAAGGCAAUCCUCAAAUGCGGCGAGGGCUUAGUCGUGGACGAUUAUGCUACAUCUUGGGCAGACCACUUCCGGCAAAAGCAAAAAGAAUCCUCUACUCUUCCAGUUGUCUCCCCAGAAGCAAGACAACCAAGUCCGGAUACGGGACGUCCGUCGAACGGUAGCGGAGUUGAGCCAGCGCAAGAUAAUGGCAGGCCGGAUGGCGGAGUGGCUACCCAUGAGUCCAUUGCAGCAGCCACGCGGACUUGUCCUCCACCUGCACAAACAUCUCUCGACUUGCUGAGUCAGAUCCGGAACUCAGCGCCAUCUUUGCCACUUGCGACUGCAUGGCUGCCAACCACCGUUCCAGUCUCCCACGAGCCCCUUGUUACUGAUGAUGUCAUUGGGUCUGACUAUGACCUUGGCACUGAUGAAGUCCUUGGCGUUGAUGGCGUGGUUCAGUCUUACCGAAGUGAAGCACGAACCGGAGAGCUUGUACAAUUUGAGCCAACCUCCGCUUUUCCUUCUCGUCAAAUUGCUGCAACCAGGGGUCGGCGGCGAGGCUUAUCAGCAGCAGAUGCGCUCGAAAGUGGUGGCUUGCACAAGCGGGCUCGCAGAGAACCUACUUCGACCACUUUGGAGCAAACCACACCUGCCACACCGUCAGCGAUAGGUGGAGAAAUGCCCAGCAUUUCCGAAGCAGCGAAUGAAGCCUUGGCAGGCAGUUCGGCGAUCACAACUGGUCAUCAGGUCACGGACAUACACAGCGUUAUGGCGCCACGACAGGAAGCAGGCCUCAUCAGUUGCUCGACACGACACAUAGCCACGGUCACCGCCACGUUUGGAGGCAACACAGCCUGUCAGCCACAAUUCCCUUCACCAGACCUCCGACCUCAAGCGAGUCACCAACAGAUCGCAGAGGCAGGCACACAGCACGACAGCGACACAUCGUCUGUCGUCACACCGACUGGUUCUCCCUCCUCGGUGACAUCUGCUCGGGGCACCAAUACUCCUUCGAGCUAUCAGACCGAUGAUGAAGCAAUGAGCGUGGCCCUCGGGUCCCAAACAUGCACCACACCCGACGGUGUCACAAGGACUCCCAAUGUGGCACUCGGACUCGGAGCGCCAUCAGAACCCGGCACGGAGCUUAACGUGCCUGCUCCCACUCCGAUUACCACUCUCAGUCCAACGUCUCCGAUCAAGAUUCUGGUAACCUCUUGCCGUGCCAAGCCAACAGGCAUUCCAGGUCAGUUCGUGUUCGACCCUCCAGGGCCGUGCCAGGUAGCGGAGUUCACGCCAGAAGUAGAAGAAGAGGACGAGUUCCUGGACCCCAAUUUUAGGCCGGGAAUGCCUUCUGGAUACGAGAAAUCUUUCUUCGACGGCUCUACGAUACCAAGCCUGAAGCAAUUAGAGGAAGCGGCCCGUGCACUCAAACCAGGCGAGAUACUAUGUCAGCCUUUGAGUCUGACGAGCCUCACCAUAAAUGGCAGGAAACUAGAGUCUGACGAGUUAGCCUCUAACUUAUCAAAGCUCGACGCAACCAAGCUCGAGUGGCCGCCAUCGUUUACAGAGCCAUUCAAAGCUUGCUUUGAGGAACUCAAACCUCAGAUCGCUAGACUUUACGGGCCUGGGCGAAAAUGCUAUCCAGCGUUUUACUAUCUUGAGUGCGGCACCGUCAAAUGUCCUAAAGACGCCCUCGGAUACCUUUUCAUCCCUGUCGCCACGCUGCUUGUAUCGUCCAAGAGCGCGGGUGAUAACAAAAUUCGUUUCAUCAGGCAUUGCAUCAGAAACAAGAAAGCCGAAACAAUUAUCAUUGGCUCUGUGACCCGACCGGCGUUGAUGAUAAUGCAUAAGAUGGAUUAUGUCCAGGUGCAUGUGUCGCCGAUACUGUUUUUACUUUGCGGAGUCUAUGAGGAGUAAAAUCACAUGUAGCUUUCAAUAGUUAACAACGGAAUUGUACUUGUGUAUUGUACUGAAAAACAAGUGUCUUCUCUAUCA